AUGCAUUAUGUUCCGUCUUCUCCACCGAUUAAUAAUACAGCAUCUGCACCGUUAGCGCCCACACCGCUUGCAAUUCAUAAUUCUUUAGCAACCGUUCAAACAACCGUACCAUCACAAUCGAUAACUUCAUCAUUGCUAACAACUUCAAGUGUAUCACAAAUAUUAAACGAUUACAACGAUGAUUUAGGAACAGAUGAUCUAAGCACUGUUAUGAAGGCAGCAUGGGAUCCACAUCAUUGUGCAGAUUGGGAUCAAGAACAACCAAAUGCAACAUGUAUUGCAAGAAUAAAGCGAGAUAUAAUGAGUGUUUUUCGUGAUCCCCCUCCAGGCAUGUUUAUCGCACCGUCUCCCGAUAAUAUAACAAAAAUUCAUGCACUUAUUGUUGGUCCAUUUGAUACACCAUAUGAAGGUGGAUUCUUUUAUUUCCUUAUUCGUUGUCCACCUGAUUAUCCAAUACGUUCACCAAGAGUGAAAUUGAUGACUACUGGCAAUAAUACAGUAAGAUUUAAUCCUAAUUUAUAUCGAAAUGGCAAAGUUUGUUUAAGUAUACUAGGUACAUGGUCUGGUCCAUCAUGGAGUCCAGCACAAUGUAUAUCAUCAUUAUUAAUAUCUAUUCAAUCAUUAAUGAGUGAUAAACCUUAUCAUAAUGAGCCGGGUUUUGAACAUGAACGAACAACGGGUGAUAGUAAAGUCUAUAAUGAUAUAAUUCGUCAUGAAACAUUACGUGUGGCUGUUUGUGAAAUGUUGGAAAAUGAAAAUUCUUGUCCAAAACAAUUACGAGAAGUAAUGAUAAAACAAUUUUUAGAUUUUUAUGAUGUAUAUAGUGAAACAUGUACAGAAAAUUUGAAUAAAGAUGGAACACAAAUGAUUGAUCCAUUUGGUGAUCGUCGAGGUUUAUAUGAAUAUGGUACGAUAUUGGCUCGUUUAAAAAAAUUAAAAGCACGUUUUCAAGUUCAACACAGUGAAAAAUCACAACAAAAUAAUAAUCAGAUUUCAGCAAAAUCGUCUACGACAAAAUGUCAACAAUCUGAUUCAUUUAUUCGACAACUUGAAGCAGAAGAUCCAAAUCGUCCAUCAGACUAUGGCGACAUGGACGACAUCUUUGAUGAACCAUCAGAUAUGGAUGAUGACGAUGACGAAGAACAACAUCCGGACGGAACUAUGGACAGUGAUAAUCUAACUCCUUCGACAAAUAAGACAGAGAAUUCAACUUCGCCUAUCUGCGACAAAGAAUCAAUUGAUGGUUCAAAUAAUCGAUUGUCAUUUGGAGCCAGUAGUAUGCAGGGAUGGCGGAUGUCUCAAGAGGAUGCUCACAAUGCUAUAUUAGAUUUUGAUCCUGGUACAGAAACAUCAUUUUUUGCUGUAUACGAUGGACAUGGAGGUUCAGAAAUCGCGUUGUACUGUUCAAAACAUUUACCUGAUUUCAUAAAACAGUUAGAUUCAUAUCGUGAAAAUCGUUUAUCUGACGCAUUAAUUGAAGGUUUUAUGAAAUUUGAUGCUGUCUUACUUGAUCCACAUGUUAAAGAAAUUUUACAAGAUCUGGCCAGUUCAAAAGAUAAUGAUCAGCAACAUCAACAUCCAUUCACAUUUGAAGAACGAGAUUUAGAUGAAGUUGAUGUGAAUGAAGAUGAUGUUGGAGUUGAAGAGGCCAAACUUUUAAAACGUGAUGCAGAUGUACCCAUCGAGGAAUUAUUAAAACGUUAUGGUGCAACUCAAGAAGCAACUAAAAAUGAAUUUAUUAAACAUUUUCAUUCACCUAAAAAUCUUGUUUCAUCCAGACGAAAAAUACAUUCAACAUUUCCAGUAUCUUCGAAUGGUAAUGACAAUGAAGAGGAUAAACUGAAACAGUCAACAUUGAAAAAAUUACAUGAUCUACGUCAAAAUGUUUUAAAUGAAGAUGAAAUUGAAGAACAGCAACCGAACAAUGAGAGUGAUGACAAUGCUGUCAGUUCGACAACAAAUAUCGAAAGUAAAGAGAAAAUAGAAUUAUUAACGACAACAAAUGAUGAAAAUAUUAUAGCUGAUGAUGUACUCGAUCAUAAAAUUGCUCAGCAAUGUGAUACAACAGAUGACAAACAAGAUGAAACUGUUUUACAAACGAAGAAAACAACUAUAGAUGAUGAUAAUUCAAGUACAAAAACAAAUGAUUCGGCUGAGCAACCAUCUUCAAGCGGUGUUUCGUCUGCAAGUAGUCCAAGUAAUUCAGGUCGUUUAAAAAAAUCAUCCACAACAACAAUUACAUCUGCCACAACAUCACUGACACAUCAUUUGCUCGAUGAUUCAGAUGAUUUUGAUGUAGAAGAAGACGAAGAUGAUGAUGAAUAUGAAACAACAAGUGAAGAAGACGAUGAGAAUGAUGACGAAAAAGAAGAAGAUGAAGUAGAAGAAGAAGAAGAAGAAGAAGAGCAUGCCGAGGACAAAGAUCAAAACGUGACAGAAAAAAAGCAGUUAGCAAUAAAGAAAAAAUUUUUUUGUGUUGAAGAUAUGGAAAAUGAUGAUGAAAACGAAUCUUCAGCAUCUGAAGAUGAAGAUGACGACGAAUUAUCUAAUCCUGAUUUAUCAAAAAUUUUAGAUAUGAAUGGUGAUCCUGGUUCAACGAGUGGUUGUACGGCUGUUGUAGCAAUAUUACGAAAUAAACAAUUGUAUGUAGGAAAUGCUGGUGACUCACGUUGUGUAGUAUCACGUGAUGGUAAAGCAAUUGAAAUGAGUACAGGUAACAAAUAAUCUACUUAGGGCAUACCAAAAGUAGUGGCAGUGGUAUUUUUAUCCCUUAUAGAAAGGUUAAAGAAACUUUCUUUUUAUAUAGUCUGAUAGAGAAAAGAAUGUUCUAUUUUUCUAUGCUAUUUGAUCAU